UCUCCCGCAGCCGCCCGUCUCACUCUCAGUCCCGCCGCUGCUGCUGCUGCCGCCGCCAUCAUCCAUCCGUCCGUCCGUCUGUCCGUCUGUCCAUCCCGGAGCGCUCCUCGCGGACAUGCCUGCCCCCAGCCUGGCCAUGACGAGCGGCCAGGCGCUCCCAGCCUUCCUGCUCUGCAGCGUACUGCUGGUUCUUAAGAUGUACGCGGUGGCCGUCAUCACUGGGCAAGUGAGACUUCGGAAGAAGGCUUUCGCCAACCCCGAGGACGCCCUGCGGCACGGAGGCCCCCAGUACUGCAGAAGCGACCCGGAUGUGGAGCGGUGCCUCAGAGCCCACCGCAACGACAUGGAGACCAUCUACCCUUUCCUCUUCCUGGGCCUGGUCUACUCCUUCCUGGGGCCUGAGCCCCUCAUCGCCUGGAUGCAUUUCCUGGUCUUCUUCCUGGGCCGCCUGGUGCACACGGUGGCCUACCUGGGGAAGCUGCGGCCGCCCACGCGCUCCCUGGCCUACACCCUGGCCCAGCUGCCCUGCGCCUCCAUGGCCCUGCAGAUCCUCUGGGAAGCGGCCCGCCACCUGUGACUGCCCAGCGCCAGUGCCACCCGCCACCUGUGACCGCCCAGCGCCAGCGCCGCCCACUCAGGGGCCUGGCACCCCGUCUGCUGUGUGAGGGGCCCUGGCUUCCUACUAAGCCAGCUGCACUCAUGGCCUGUGUGAGCAUGUGUGUGCACGUGUGUCUGUGUGCACAUACAUGUAUGUACCUGCGUGUGCCUGCGUGUUUCUUAGCCCCUUAGAUUCCUGGAUGGAGUCACCGACUGGAGCCAUUGAGAGACUGCUCUCAGACAAGUAGAAAAUCCUCCACCCUGAGUGACAGCCGGGCGUGGCGGAGAGAGACUGCUCAGGACUCCCAGAGCCAACCCCCGCCCCGGGCGGGACCGCGCAGGCCAAGCUCCGGGCCACUCCACUGCGGUCCAGACUGCGUCCCUAAGAGCGCUGUGGCUCCUUCGAAAUCUGUGAAGUUUCAGAACAGCGGGGGAACCGCGUGCAUGUGUGUGUGUGCACGCCUGUGUCCCAGGCUCCCGUCGGACCACGCGCAUGUGGUUGUCGAUCAUUAAACGGCAGUUUCGGAGCCUCCGGGGUUGCUGCGUUC